UCCGACAAAAAUUGAGCAAGCUUCAUUAUAAAAAAAAGAAAAGCCAGCUCUGACCUCUAUAGUUACAUAACCGAGUUUCCACGAGCAAGCUUAAAAAAAAGCAUGGCCCGCUAGAUUACUCAGCCGAGUUUCCACGUCACAAUGUUUAUCUGUGUGUGAGAGUGAUAGAAGAAUUGUUUCCACUUCCUACGCUGGUAACGGUAGUGGAACUGGUUAUGCCUGGCCGGGCUCUGGACACCAUUAACAACAACAAGGAAAACACUUAACAUUGCUUUUUCUUGCUUGCGUCGACACGUGCUUUGUAGAUUGGUCAUAAUCCAUUGCCUUUCUGAGAUACACGUGAAGUUUGGUGGAGAGUAGAUAAGCAAGAAGGAAGCUUUGGAGAAGUGUAGAAGUGAAUGGAGGAAGCGGAGAGCUGUUCGAGCAGCAGAGUGAGCAGGCAGCGUGCGGACUCAUCCCCGACGCAUCCGCGGCAGCAGCGACACAAAGUGGAAGUCUACAACGAGGUGCUCAGGCGCCUUAAGGACUCAUCCUGCGAUGCGGUUCAUUCUCCAGGGUUUGAAGACGAGCUUCUUGCCCAUUUCAACCGCCUGCCUCCAAGGUAUGCACUAGAUGUAAAUUCUGAAAGGGCUGAAGAUGUUCUCACACAUAAACGGCUGCUACAAUUGGCAGAAGAUCCAGAACACAGGCCAGCAUUUGAUGUUCGGGUUGUUGAUAUUUUACCUGUGAUGGAAGGAAGAUCUUCCGAUUUCUCAAAUUCAGAAUCUCCAAGGUCGGAAAACCCAUGUGGUGCUUCAGCUUGUCCUAUUCCACGAGUCAGCACUCAUCCUCCUCCUGCAUUUGGGUCAUCUCCCAAUCUUGAAGCUCUUGUUCUAGAAGUUAGCAAAAAAUCAAAUGGUGCUGGUGAUGGUGAGACUAAUGAAGAUCGGAUCAUUGCAAGGCCAAUGUAUGAGAUUACAUUCUCCUCGGAAGACAAACCUAAGCUACUUAGUCAGUUAACUUCUUUGCUUUCAGAUAUUGGAUUAAAUAUUCAAGAGGCACAUGCCUUUUCAACUACAGAUGGUUAUAGUCUAGAUGUUUUUGUGGUUGAUGGGUGGCCCUUAGAGGAAACAGAGCAGUUACGAGAGACUUUGGCGAAUGAACUUGCUAAUUGUGAGAAGGGACUUUGGUCAAAGCCCUCUCCAUCAUCUUCUCCUAUGGAACAAACCCCUUCUAGUGGGGAAUCUAAUGUUGAAUGUGUAAGAAUACCAAAUGAUGGAAGAGAUGUUUGGGAGAUUGAUAGCAAGCUCUUGAAACUUGACCGUAAAGUAGCUUCGGGUUCUUAUGGUGACUUGUUUAGAGGAACUUAUUGUGGUCAAGAUGUUGCUAUUAAAGUUCUUAAGCCUGAACGUCUAGAUGUCGAUUUGCAACGUGAAUUUGCUCAAGAAGUCUUCAUUAUGAGGAAAGUACGGCAUAAGAACAUUGUUCAGUUUAUUGGUUCUUGCACAAGGCCACCAAAUCUUUGCAUUGUCACAGAGUUUAUGUCUGGUGGUAGCGUUUAUGAUUAUCUACAUAAGCAUAAAGGCAUUUUCAAGUUGCCAGCUCUUCUUAAGGUUGCCAUUGAUGUGUCUAAAGGCAUGGACUACCUGCACCAAAAUAAUAUUAUUCAUAGAGACCUCAAAGCAGCAAAUCUCUUGAUGGAUGAAAACGAGGUUGUUAAAAUAGCUGAUUUUGGAGUUGCUCGGGUGCAAUCUCAGAGUGGAGUUAUGACUGCUGAAACCGGAACAUAUAGGUGGAUGGCUCCUGAGGUUAUAGAGCAUAAACCAUAUGACCGAAAGGUUGAUGUUUUCAGUUUUGCAAUUGUUCUAUGGGAGCUUCUCACAGGGAAGCUUCCAUAUGAUUACCUCACUCCAUUACAAGCAGCUGUUGGUGUUGUUCAAAAGGGUUUGCGUCCUACCAUACCUAAAAAUACACAUCCAAGACUUGCAGAGUUACUAGAUAAGUGCUGGCAGCAAGAUCCAACACUUAGGCCGGACUUUUGUGAAAUCACAGAGAUUCUUCAGCAUACCCUCAAAGAGGUACAAGAUGGAGAGGAGAAUGAUAGAAGGAAGGAUAAAGCAUCAAGUGGUUUCUUAUCUUCUUUCAGACGAACAGCUGGUGCUCACUAAGAGGAAACGUUUUGUACAUUCUGCCAUAAUUUUACAAUUUUGGACGGUCCUGUUCCAUUGGGUGGUUCCCACUUCCCCAUCCUUAUUGAAAGCACAAUCAAGCGACCUUGGUGUACUGUUUUAACGUUUCCAUUCUUUCAUUUUGAAAAUUAUUUUCUGAAUGAAAUGUAUUAUUUGGGUCAAGUGAUAAUUGCGUACCUGCUCUUGCACAUCUUCUUGUCUUAUUAAUGGGAUUACUGUGUGCUUUAUGUUCUGGUGAAGUUGUAGCAUUGGCAUAAGUUCUAUAAUUGGAAACUGGAUAAUAAUGUGAACCAUUGUCCAAUUAAUAUGUGAUCAAAAUUCUACA